GAUCGAUGGCGGUAACGCGAUCUCGUGAAUUGGAGAAGUGGGUUGCGAGGAGCUAGCUGCAGGGAAUCAUCGCCCACGUUUCAAUGUGUUUUUUUUCUUUUUUUUUUUCAUUGAAGUGAUGGGGUGGUGGAUCCGCGUCGUACCGGUCCUCCGACGCUACAGAUUUAAUGAGGCGUUUUGUGUCUGAGGAAGAAACUCGGAGGACUGGAUAGAUUCGUAUUUUGCAUCUUCAAUCGGUGUUUGGGGUGAUGGUGGAGUGCGAGAGUGAUUCGGUAUGGUGGACGACGUGAGCCGGAGGCGGAUGUUUGAUUGCGUGGGUGAAUUUGAUGCGGGGGUGGAGUGGAGGAGGGUUGCUGCGCAUUCGUGUGUCAAUCAAUGUGUGGGAGGGGGCAUUGAAACACUGGGUUGGAGUAUUUUAGCGCCGUGAAGAAAGAGUAAAUUUUUUGGUCUUUUGGAAGGCCAGGCUGGUGUUGAAGCUUCGCUUACUCAGGGCUGUAGAGGAGAAUGCUGAUCGACUGCCCUAGCUCCCCUCGCCUUAGUUGGGACAAAAUUCAAUCUGAGUUCUAUGCUGUUACAGUGGUUUAAUCUGGAUAAUGUAUGUAGACUUACAGGCCUAUUCAAGUUUCAGGAGUGAUGAAUGAUUUGAGCCACCCAGUUGGGCAAUUCGGUCAUACGGUCAUUCUGCUUCAUGUUUUGACGAAUGGGGUUUAAAUGAACUUGAUAUUGACUAAUGGAAAAUGAAGCGCAUGCCAAGGCUGCAUGCAGCAUCUUCUUCUACAAGGGCAACUAGAUGCACGAUCAAAAGCUUUGGAAUUUCUAGCUGGCUGAGGACAACUGACCUUUUCAACGAGAAGAUAAAAUGUGGGGUGUGUUACGCGAGUUGGACUCCGUCAGAACUUUUAAAGACCGUAAGAAGAGGUCGAGAUGGCAGAGACUUCUAAAUCUAGGCAAUAUGGUGAUGAGACUGAUAUCAUUAGCGAUUCUUUGAGCAAACUCAAUCCAGGCAGAAAUGGUCUUUGAGAAAUGGAUUUGUUUAGUAGAUAGUGUUCACUGGUAAUUAUCAAUCAGUAAUUCAGAUCCAACAGGAACAGGUAAAUCAACUUGUUGAGGAAUAGUACACAAUUAAGAUGAAUCGAAGUAUUACCUUGGCGGUUCCGCGCCGUGAUCCAGUUGGGAAGGCCGAUACCUCUGCUAUGCAGCGAUGGAUGGUGGCGAUUUGUGCCAUCCGAUUUGAUCUUCAACAGGGGCAGUUAGUUGAAGAAUGCUAUCCACCUAAUGCGCUCUCUCCAGAGGAAGAACUUGAUGUUGCCUUCAGUUCAUUUCCAGAUUCUAUGUCGCAAGGAAGUACUCAUGCAAGUGUGCACGACUGCGCAUUCUUCUUCCGGAUCCGCAGGCGUGGUACUAUUCCGGCUCCGAAUCCAGCUCCACCACGAAGAACAACCUCUCAUCCGUCUUCGGACACAUUUGUAGAGGCCGUUGAUGAUACAGCGCGAGAACUUAAUUUUGACAGACCCCAAGGAGUACAAAAUUCAAUAAGCGAGGGUUGUGCAGCCCUUGAAAAGUCUUCAGCUGAUGAGGAGGGUGGUACUGGGAGUGGAUGGGGUAGUUUGCCGCUCCCUAGCAUUCUUGCAAAUAUGAUUUCUCCAAAGCCUGCAACAAGGAUAACUAGCAGUAGUGCCCCUACCCUUUCCUCAAAUAAUCCUCCUACCACUGUUUCAGUCCGUCGUGAAGAGAACACCAAUCUUCCUGGAUAUCCACUAGAUCCAGUGAAAGGGAGUUCCCGUGGUGGUCCUGGUAGUGGAGGUCCGCGGUACCUGUAUGGUUUUGUCUUCAACAGGCAAAGGCAGGAUGAGAGACUAAGACGUGGGGGUGAACAAAAGUCUGUCGUCAUUCUCUCCGAGCGCCCCUAUUCAUGUGUUUUCAAGCCCUUGGUACAAAUCGCAGGACCUAUGUAUUUUGAUAUUGGUGCACGAGCUUUGGAGCAGAUAGCAUCUUAUGUCUCUCGCUGGGCACCACCACUUCAUGGACAGUUGAUAGAAUUACUGGUUGGGACCGUCGUCAUACGCGCCCAUCUCCCACCAGCCCAUGCGCUACCUCCUGGUUGUGGCACUCCUAUGGAUGAUUUCACCUCAGCAAUGGCACCAGUGCCCCCCUUAAACAGAUCCGUUCCUCAGGGUGUUUUCCACGACGUUGAUUUGUUUGGUUCUUUCCGAGGAGUCCUCAUGAAUUUGUGGGUCCUUUGGGAGCUUCUUUUAGUGGGUGAACCUCUAUUGGUGGUAGGUCCCACUCCCCCACAAGUCUGCGAGGCAGUAGCUGCAUUAGUUGGCCUAGUUGCACCACUGCCAUGUAGUGUUGACUUCCGACCUUACUUCACAAUCCAUGAUCCAGACUUCGGUGGACUUAAUUCUGUGAAAGAAGGGGAAAAAGCUCCUCCAAUGGUUCUGGGUGUUACCAAUCUUUUUUUCCUCAAGGCCCUAAGAAACAUUCCUCAUGUAAUAUCUGUAGGAACUCCAACUCCAACUCCAAGCCUUUUGAAGCUAGCAAGGAGUAAUAAUAAUUCUCAAGCUGGGAACCGCCGCUUGUCUCUGCAACUACAGCUAUCUCCAUUGACGAGAUUCUCUCCAGCAAAUCUGCUACAAGUUGCAAGAGUUCGUAAAGACGGACCCCUUUCUUUGAUGUCAGAGCAUCGUGAAUGUUUGUGGACAAGUUAUGUGACAGCAACGAAACCGGACACGUCAGUUCUCAACCGUUUAGUUGACGCUGGUGUUUCCCCCCAAACUGAGGAGUCAAUGUCUAUGGUGAACAAUGAGGUUUUGAGGCGCCACUUUCUGGAAUUGACAACCAACUUUCUGGCACCGUUUGGACCUUACCUACGUGCAACUACCCCACAGGAGGGAGCAUCACCCUUUCGGGAUCCACCUCCUCUCCCCCCUUUCAAUGCACAUUCUUUCCUUGAAGGUCUGGCUGCUCGCGGAGCCGGAAAAUUUCUUGCCAAGCGGUUGCGUGCCAACUGGCUGGACCUCUACAGACGUUUUUUGGAGGGACCAAAUUUCAUGCCAUGGUUUCAGCGUAGACGAGCCGUAGCUGAGCAAGAACAGCAUCGGAUUUGGAGGCAAGCUCGUUGCAAGGCUGAUGUAGAGUCCUUUCUGAAGUCAAUGUCAGAAGUGGAGGUUGUAGACUCUUUUUCUGCUGUUGAGCGUCACUUAAUCAUAGAAUUACAGAUGCUACAGCGGGCAGGGCUUGCUAACACACAGACACAGACGAUCAAGAAACUAAGAAGUGAUUUACGCACAAUCUUCAACUCGUUGCCUAACGAUGUGCAGCAGAUGCUGCUGACCAAUCCACAACGAGCAAGCCACCUCCAAGGCGGUAAACCAGAAAUCCCAAAGACUCCUGAGAAAUCACCCUCUAGGUUUGGAUUUUUUUGGCCAACAUUUGAGUCCUCGCAAUCGGACGAGACGACCCCUGAGAGAUCAAGCAGACAGCAAGAGCUGCUACAGGACCCCUUAGAUUUGAACAGAACUUGAUAGCCAUCAUCUGUUAUCGUGUAUCAAAUUGAGCAAUAUCAUGCCCAUGGAACAUGGGUGUUAGCUGGUUUUACGGUCUC